GCAGAUAAGCAGGAAGAAGUUUUUUCAAUCGUUGGCUUAGAGCUAGGGGUUCUAAGAAAGUUGAGAAAUAAGCUGAUUUUUCAGAGUUUGUUUGGAGACAUUUGCAUCUUUUUUUCUCAUAAGUUGAAGUGGCAGCACUGUCUUGUAUCUUUAAGUACAGCAGCUAGUGUUAGAGACUAAGCAGCAUAAUCAUGAAGCUGGAGGUACCUGAAGCCUUUGAAGAUGUUGCUGUUGACUUUUCAAGAGAAGAAUGGGAGAUGCUGAGCAAAGAGGACAAACAGCUACACAGGGAGGUGAUGAUGCAGAACUAUGAACACAUGGUGUCAAUAGGGUACAAGAUCCCAGUGGAAGAACUACUGCAGUUAAUUGAAAAACCUGGUGAACUUCCUUUUAAUAUUAUGGAAAAUGACUUGACACUACAUCAGACGGAUCUUGUCAAAGUUGACCCCAGCAUCAGCAGGUGGACCGAUUGUGAGACUCCAAGUCAGAGGUCAUCAUCGUGGGAUUGCAUGAAUUCUGAGUGCACUGCAAUCUUCAUGGAUAACAUAACUAUUACGAGACAUGAGAUGGUUAAUACUGGAAAUCAGGAUCAUAAAAGUACGGACUAUGAUAUGAAUUUUAGCCAGGAGAAUGAGCUAAAAUAUUCAGUGGGAUUCAAAAACAACUGCCACCUUGCAGUUGGUGAAAUUGCGCAAAGAGCGGCUAUGCACACUGAAGGAGCAAUUCAGACAGACAUUAAGAAUGACCAUGGUAGGCUGCAGAAUACCACGGCCAGCAUACUAUCCAAAUGUUACAAGAUGGAAAUGAGCAGCAUUAUUAAAAUGAGUGUCAUGGCAAAUACAAAUGAAAGCAAACAAUAUGGCAGUACAAUUCAGAAAUGCAUAAAUUUUUCACAAGAAGACAUGUCAGCUGGAGUGGCUGACUAUGACAAAAUCAUGGAGUUACAAGAGAGAGACCACAAAAACAUAUUUGGAGUAGCCACUGCUUUAGCAGAUAUGUAUAUGCAGCAGGCUGUACUCACAGCAGGUAAUCAUAGUGGUGUAUGCCGUCGCCCUCGCCGUCGACGAGUUAUCCGUCCACGGCUAACAUUCCAUCCCCUCCCUGACACAGAAAUAGUAGACCGUUAUUGUGUUGACAGAGGCACCAUGCAGGAGCUGGUUGAGAUGUGUCGGCCUCACAUGCAGUCUCGUGGGAUGCGUGGGAUACCUAUUUCUGUGGACACUAAAGUGUGCGUAGCAUUGAGAAUAUUGGCUACAGGUACCUUCCAGCGACGAACAGGGGAUACGGUAGGUGUAUCCCAGGCAUCUGCUUCAAGGAUACUCCACCAGUUUCUUGAUGCUGUGCUAUUACAUGCAGAGGAGCACAUGUGGUUCCCACGCACCAUGGAGGACAGAAACAACACCAUGCAGGAAUUUUAUGAAAUAGCCCAUUUUCCUGAGGUACUGGGAGCUGUUGACUGCACCCACAUUGCAAUAAAGGCCCCACCUGGGGAGCAGGGACAAAGAUAUAUUAAUCGUAAGGGAUUCCACUCUAUUAACUGCCAGGUUGUCUGUAGUGCACAGGGGUUAAUAUACAAUGUGUCAUCUGGCCAUCCAGGCAGUGCCCACGAUUGCCACAUCUGGCACACAUGUGACUUGUAUCAGCGAUUUUUACGGGGUGAUUUUCCACAGGGCCAUCUUAUUGGUGAUGUAGGAUAUGCCGUGGAGCCAUGGCUCAUGACACCAUUAAGAAACCCAGAGACCAUGGCAGAAAAUGCAUACAACACUGCCCUGUCACAGACACGAAUCAUUGUUGAACGUGUAUUCAGAUUGUUGAAGGCCCGCUUCCGCUGUCUAGAUGUCUCUGGUGGUGCCCUGCAAUAUGGUCCUGAAACAUGUAGUAAAAUAUUUGCAGUGUGUGCAAUAUUGCAUAACAUGUUGGUACGCAAGCAGAUGCAAGAGGGGAGGGACAUUCAAGAAGAGGAAAUUCCAGAGUUGACAUCAGAGGAAGUACCUGUCGAGGAGCCCAUGGAAGAACUAGACACUAAAGAUGACCAUGCAAGGCAGAGGCAGACGCAGUACACCAUGGCACUAGCUAAGAGGCAGAGUCUGGUUCACAACUAUGGGCCAGAUUCAACAUAACAUACAAGAGUAACAUUGAUGCAUGCAGUACUAAAGCCAGUCUAUGCUAUACCGUGUGUAGACUUGGAAACACUGUGCAUCAGACACAGGCUACCCAGGUCACAGAGUACUUGAGGGUAGGGCAUAGUUGUCUUCAUAUGCACAGGUGGGGAGGGCCACAGUGACAGGUGUCAUCACUGGUCAGUUUGUAUGUGUGGGUCUGUGUGUGUGUAUAUCUUGGCCUCGUGAAUAUGGGGAGCCAAGAAUAAUGACUGCGGGUAUGUGUAAUAUUGUGGUGUAAGUGGGUAGAGGUGGGUGUUGCUGAUAGGUAUGUGUGGAUGUGCAUGGACAGCAACUCCAAUAGAAGAUACAGUACUAUACCGGUGUCUGAAAGACAGGGUAGGCACCCACUGGAGCUAUGCAGGUCGACUGUGCAAGUCCUUUUCCAUAGUGGUGCCCUACCCACGAAAUGUCAAAAGGCACGAUCCACACCUGCAUGGUGGAUGGAGGGGUCAGUGGUCAUGAGCAGUGUAAUGUGCUAUGGGUGAUCUCAGAAUGAGCACCUUAUCCACAUUUGUUUUCUUGGUGUCCCACAAUGCCUUCAGUACUGGAUGUAGGUGAUGAUACUACAUGACCUAGACCUCAUCUUUGCGCUAUGAUAACUGGCUUCCCGACUAAAACUGAGGAAGGACUGGCUACAGGAAUAGUGCUGGCUAUGGUAGGCUGUCAUACACGGAAAUCUGCAGCAUAAAGACUCCCUAUUCUGACUUUUCAUUAUGUUGCACAAAUGGACCAGGCCUUUCCUUGGGUUGUCAUGUAGGCCAUGUAUCACCCCAACCAUAUCUGCUGUGGCUGUAUUGAUUUUUUACUUAUCCCAAUGUAAUGGCCCUACAUCAGUGCUGAAUGCUGUCUGUAAGAUACUGUUGAUCAGGAGGGCAGUGAUACCCUUACUGUUGCCAGCCACCAGUAUACUGACUUCUGAACUCCAUAUGCUCAGUCGAGUUGUUAGCAACCAACCACAUCUCUUUGGCAGUAGAAAAGGGCACUCCUUAUGCUGAUCUGUCAGUUGCUUCUUGGCCUUUUGCUUUGUAGGACUGGGGAGGUUUGCAGAGGUGCAGAAGCUGUGUCGCUGAAAGGAAAUGGGAAUAUGACCAUCAAAUUUCUUGAGUCUUCCACCACCGUUGCAACCCCUGACUGUGCCAUGAUGUGGCUGCCAUCAUCAGCAGGUUUACAUAGGUCCUCAACAUCAGGCAUGCCUGAAUCCAUAGUGGAUGAACCCGACAGUUCACCAUAUAAGUAUAUAAAUGUACACCCACAGCCUAUUGCGGGUAAACCU